AUGUAUUUGCGGCAUGCCAGCACUCAACCUGCCAGAAAGCGGCCCAAGCAUGUCAUCAGUGAUCUGAGCUGUCGAACAUCAUACGGCUCUACCGGUCAGCGUCGGAGAUAUGUGCGGGGAGCCGCUACAAUGCUCGGAAGCGGAUCGGGAGAGCGGAAGUUGUUUUCGGAUGCAGGGUCCUCGUCUCUUUUCCAAUUCGGUCUGCGGCUGGACUUUGCGAAAGCGCUGUCGCGGAUGUACCGCCAAGAAGUACCACAGUACGCAACUCUACAGACAUUGGUGGACAAGGUCAACAGCAGCUCCGACACGAAAAUUGCCCUGACAGACUUUCCUCGGCAUGGCGCCGUGCGUCUUGCCUCGCUUUCUGAGCUGAGAGUAGCCUCAAAAUUCUUCAAAGUGAUGGGUAUGGUCUCUGUUGGUCAUUACGACCUCUCAGCAGCCGGGUUACCGAUUCAUGCCACAGCCUUCAGACCAAUAACGCAAGAAGGUCUUUCAGUAGCGCCCUUCCGGUUGUUCGUUUCGGUCUUGCGGCCGGAACUGCUUACUGAGUCGCUACAGCCGCUCGCCAGAUCACUCCUCAGCAAGCGUUCUUCAGUCUUUAGCCAGAGGACGAUCGAUCUUGCAGACCUUGCUCACUCAAAAGGGGGAUUGACUGCCUCGGAAGCAAAUGAAUUCAUUCAAGGGGGCUGUGAGACACUCGCUUGGAGAAAUCAAGUGUCUCUGACAAAGAAAGAUUACGACACACUCAAGGCCGACAUGAAUGGAGAUUUACUCAUCGAUAUCAUGGCUUUUCGUAACCCACAUCUGAACCACCUCACUCCUGCGACAAUGAAUAUCGACGCCGUCCAGAAGGGUAUGCCAAAUGUCGGUCUGCAGCCAAAGGAUCGGGUUGAAGGACCUCCGGAGCGCAACUGCAACGUUCUGCUGAGGCAGACGAGCUUUCUGGCAGUUGACGAGGGUAUCGUGUUUGACGAGGCAGCAGACAAGGGAACGAGAGGCAGCCAUAGUGCACGCUUCGGAGAGAUUGAGCAACGAGGGGCUGCGCUGACCUCUAAGGGGAGGAAACAGUAUGACGAAGCCAUGUCCGAGGCGAUGCGAGCAAAGCUGCUGGUGGAAGGCAAAGAGCUUGCUUUCAGAGACUUGUUCGACAAGUCACUGCCCGACGACUGGGAAGCUUUGAGGAGCAAAGGGCUCAUCUGGGUCGAGUACGGCCUCACCGAGAAAGGAAAGGAGCAAGGAAAGUCUAGCGGUGCCAAAACACUGCAAGAGGCCGUCGAGAAGGGACUGGUUGUGUGGCAGCCGAUACAGUACGAGGAUUUCUUGCCAUUGUCAGCAGCCGGAAUCUUCCAGAGUAACCUGCACCACGAUUCAGCAGUCAAGGUGCAGAAGUCACCUGAACACGCUCUCUCCGAAUCGAAACGGCAGCUGAGGGAGAUUCUGGGUGAAGAGGGGAUGAUCGAUGAGAUGAAGCUGUAUGAGGAACAGCAGACGGCCAGCAUUGAGAGGUGCUGUGAAGCCCUGGGAGUUUCAACUUAA